UUCAAUUCUCCACUUGCUGAAAUUAAAGUAACAUCCAUUUACUCUCAUAUUUGCCAUAUUAAUUACAAAAUCCCAAUAAAUAGAAGCAUGAAGAGACUUAGAAACCCUAAUAGAGAAAUUAUUAUUCUUGAUUCAACUAAUAUAAUUGAGCAUUAGACUUCUAAUUUUGUUCUCAGUUCCAAUUUUACUGAAUUGAAAUGAGUUUCAUUUCCAAUUUUUGUUCUCAGUUCCAAUUUUGUUCUCAGUUCUCAAUUCCUAUGAGUUUCAGUGAAACAAACUGCCCCUUAUUCUAUUCAUGCCCAGCUACUAAGGAUGUUUGAAACUUCUUUCAACCAUGUUUUCUUUCUGUGCAUUGCCUUGGUUCUUUUCAACUAUUGCUCGAAUCUAAUGGAGAAGUCAUACUUGAUUAUAAGCUUUGGAAAUUAUGGAAAGUGUUAUUUCCUUCUCUCGUUGGUGCCUGUGGAGAGUAAGAAAUAAUCCUAUUAUUAAUUGAGAGCAAUUUAUAGCGCAAAGGAUAACAUCAUGGCUUAUUUCAUCCUGUUCUGGAUAAGUAGUUCGAGCAAGAAGCAAGUAUAUGAGUUGUGGAAUGUUGCUAGAGUAGGGAAUAGAAGCACUACUGCAAAGGAAGGAAAACGAUGGAGAGAGAGAAAUUUUUUGAUGUUAAUUAGUUGAAUUCUUUAUGCUUUAAUAAUAAAAAGCAAGGUUUCAUUAACUGUAGUCAAAAGGCAACUAUGUUGUUAGACAAUUGAAAUUAUUCACCACUGGCCAUAAUUUAGAUGGAAGCAGAAGAGGGCCCAGUAGAUUAAGUUUGACAGUAUUGUUUUACAUGGUUUCAAUCUAAUAGAUUUGUGUUAUCUCUAAAUUUUGUGUGUUCAACACGUGUACAUGAUUUCUAUUUUUGAUUAACUCUUUGUUCUUUCCCAAGUUUGUUUAAAACUUAUUUAUCAUCAAUAAUUGCAUGACAACUUAUCCAUAUUGCAUACACUCACCCUGAUGGUUAUUUUGUGCUUGAUAACGGUUCUCGAAUACCAUGUGGAUGGUUUCCGCUUUGAUCUUGCAAGUGUUCUUUGUCGGGGGACAGAUGGGACUCCUCUGAAUGCACCCCCACUUAUAAAGGUGGUAAGAUGUUGCUUGGAGCAUGCUGCGUCAGUUGCGAAAACGUUCUUAACAUCAGAUGUUGUGGUGGUUGAUAUCAAGGAGCCUGAGCAUAUACCUGCAAGGAACCCAAUGGACAACUCAGGCUAUGGCUACUAGUGAUUUCCGAUGGGAGAGGCAGGAAGGAACAUGAUCUCAGUACAAGGAGUCUUCCAUGCUUGUUUCGUUGUUGAUGCCAUCAAAACUUAUUUUUGUACGUGCAAUAUUUAUUUGUUAGGCAUUGGGAAAGGUUAGCGCUAAAUGUUCGAGGUUAGAUUAUUGUCCCAGCAAUUUAGGUUUCUCUACGGCAAUAGUUUCUGUUCAAUGUUCUUAAGAACCAACUUUUGUUCACUGUAAUGACGCAAUGAGUUCCUCUUGAUUCUGAGUUUUCUAUCCAUAUUGCGGUGUUUUGUUUUA